CUAGUCUUAGUCGCGUACGCGUACUUACACCGUGUCUAUCAGCGUCCGCUCAGCCCCCCGGCAAAUACUUAGUGCGCUACUGUAACGACUGCUGCACGGUUUCGCGACGGCAGCGCCAAAGUGCACCGACGCCGCCUCAAGAAGCUCCAUUAUCAGUUGCCUGGCGGCAGUACGUAAGACGGUACACGGUUGGUACUUCCUCCCAGUUGAACUGCGCCCUGUCGAUAGUUAUAAGUCAGUCAGUCCGAUCCUGGUGGCUCUUCAGAUCGAAAGGACUCUUGUGUUGCCAUUAACGGUUUUGGAUACUCUUUACCGGUUUGAAGAAAUCCGCGCGUGUUCGAGAAAUCAGCGGGAAAUAGGAGUGUGAAGUGCAGUGUCAAUUUGUCUACUACUUCGAGUUGCUUUCAAGGUGGUGUUCCAUUAAGCAUCUCCCCAGUCACGAUGAAGAAAGCCGCACUGGACAGCAUAGCGAUUCUGCUGGCGGAACUCAUCGGCACCGGUCUGCUGGUGCUGCUAGGAUGCAUGGGUUGUGUGGCCGGCCUUGGCCACACGCCAUCGCACUUCGAACUGUGCAUAAACUUCGGUCUGGUGGUCAUGAUUAUCGUCCAGGUGUUCGGCUGUGUGUCCGGGGCGCAUCUCAACCCGGCGGUAACCGUCGCAGCCUGGGUUUAUGAAAUGGUGUCUACACAGAUGGCUUUCGGUUAUGUCGUCGCUCAGAUUGUGGGAGCUUUCAUGGGCUUCGGUGCUCUAAAGCUUCUAACUCCCUCGGAUGUGUUUACGACCGCACUGGAGAAUGGAGCCGGUUUCUGUGUGACCAGUCCGAAUCCGCGUAUCAACUUGGCUCAAGCAGUCGGUAUCGAGUAUCUUGCCACUGGUGUACUCGUGUUGGUUUGCUGUGGAGUCUGGGACCCCCGUAAUGCCAAGCAUCACGAUUCGGUUGCGCUGAAGUUUGGCUUCACAAUCGGCUGUCUGGCGGUUGCUGCCGGACCCUACACCGGUGCCAGCAUGAAUCCGGCCCGUUCGAUCGGUCCGGUUCUGUGGAAUGGCGUCUGGACAGCUCACUGGGUGUACUGGAUUGGACCUCUGAGUGCCGCCUUCAGUGUUGCCUUCCUGUACAAAACGGUGUUCCGGCGUGAGGUCCCGCAGAUCACUGCCUCGCCUAGCGAGUUAACUGCCCUGAACACCGAGAAAUAGAAUGCUCAAUCGUCGAAUUUGGAGUACCCGCGAAGCGAAACAAAGGCUGCAUUUCAGUGUUAUUCACAAUGCCACUCCAAACCUCAAAUAAUAGACAGGAAUUAGCGCUUACUUCCAACAGUUGCAAGCGGGUUGCAACGCGGAACAGUCGUAACGAGUGCAACUAUCUAUAGACUCGUAGGUAUAGGAAAGCAGAGAGUUACUCUUUUUUGAAUUGUUACAUAAUUUACUAGGUUUUAAUCCGAAUAAAGAUAUUGAUAAUUUUUAAUGAAAAA